GGACUGUAAUAAUAGAGGAAUUUAUGACUGAGGCUAGAACAUAAAGGCUAAGCCUUUCUUUCACUCCACGCUCACAGUUGAUCACUGCAGCCUCAGGAUGUUUAAGUUUGUGUUGCUGUUCCUGACACUGUCAGGUCUCCAAGCUCUUCCGAUCCCAGACCCUAGACGGCAGAACGCUCCAACCUACCAUCUCCCAAAUGGCUUUAGGCGGGGCGUCCAGCACCCUGAUGCCCGUGAACCUGUUCCUGAUGGAUUCAGACAAGGAACAGAACCCUCAAGGAAAUUCCUUGUUGACCUGAACACUGGACUUGUCAAGGAGCACAUCAGUGAGAUGGACAGGAGAGUGGUCUCUGAUGUUCCAGCCCAAAGAAAAGGAGCUGGUUGGGUACGGAUGGAGAACCCUUCUGCUGUUCAUCUUCUGGUACCUUUCAGAGGGGAAAAAGAACCUAGAAGAUCAAUCCCAGCUUUGUUCAGACAGGGAACCGAGCCAAAGAUGUCAAUACCAGUUGCUUUCAGACAGGGAACCGAGCCAAAGAUGUCAAUACCAGUUGCUUUCAGACAGGGAACCGAGCCAAAGAUGUCAAUACCAGUUGCUUUCAGACAGGGAACCGAGCCAAAGAUGUCAAUACCAGUUGCUUUCAAACAGGAAAUCAAAUCCAGAAGGUCAAUCCCAGCUGGUUUCAGAGAGGGAACGGAGGAAAAGAUGUCAAUACCAGUUGCUUUCAGACAGGAAAUCAAAUCCAGAAGGUCAAUCCCAGCUGGUUUCAGAGAGGGAACGGAGGAAAAGAUGUCAAUCCCAGUUGCUUUCAGACAGGGAACUGAGCCAAAGACAUCUAUCCCAGUUGCUUUCAGACAGGGAACUGAGCCAAAGACAUCAAUCCCAGUUGCCUUCAGACAGGGAACUGAGCCAAAGAUGUCAAUCCCCGUUGCUUUCAGACAGGGAACUGAGCCAAAGAUGUCAAUCCGGAAUGAUUCAAGCAAGAAAGUUGGGCAAAAAAUAUCCAUCCCACUUGCCUUCAGACAAGGAACAGAGCCGAAGUUGUCAAUCCCCAUUCAUUUCAAAAAGGAAGUUAAGAAAACAAUGUCCGUUCCAGUUUCUUACAGACAGGGAACGGAACCAAAGAUGUCAAUCCCGGUUUCUUACAGACAGGGAACGGAACCAAAGAUGUCAAUCCCAGUUUCUUACAGACAGGGAACGGAACCAAAGAUGUCAAUCCCAGUUUCCUACAGACAGGGAACGGAACCAAAGAUGUCAAUCCCAGUUUCUUACAGACAGGGAACGGAACCAAAGAUGUCAAUCCCAGUUUCCUACAGACAGGGAACGGAACCAAAGAUGUCAAUCCCAGUUUCCUACAGACAGGGAACGGAACCAAAGAUGUCAAUCCCAGUUUCUUUCAGACAGGGAACGGAGCCAAAAAAUUCAAUCCCAAGUGCAUUUAGACAGGGGACAGAACCAUCUAGAGCCACCGUCAAAACUUCGAAAGUUGCCUGUAAAGGGGAGAUCAUCUACGGAAAAUGCUACGAGUUCAACCCAAAGUUGUUGGCCUUCAAAGACGCCCAGGCCUUUUGCAGAAAUCUUGCCCCAGAUGCUGAGCUGGCCUCUGUGACGAGCAGAGAUCUCCAUUUCCAACUGGUUUCCCUGGUAACUAGGGGUGGCAAGACCAGCCCUAUGCUGACCUGGUUGGGAGCCACAGUCAAGAACCAGCAGGCCUCUUGGGUGGACGGGUCGGACUGGAGCUACUCCGACUGGAUGCCGGGACAUCCCAACAUUCACACCGACAAACCAGUCUGCGUCGAGAUGUUCAAGAUAGAUGAGAGCUGGUGGACCGCAGCCGACUGCGAACUAAAGCGAGCCUCCCUCUGCUCGUACCCUGUCACUGCAUAAAGAUACAGUAGAUGAUGUGAGAUACGUCUACUGCAGGAAAAAUCAUCCCUACAUGUGUUUGUAGUGUACUUACCAAAUCACAUCAAAGGAUCUUCCCUAAUAAAACCAAGCAUACAAAAAA